UUACCUACGAUAAGUCAGGGAUGCCCGAGUAAACCAGUAUAAAAGGAGUUGCCCAAUCUCUCAUAUUCACUGUACUACGGAACCUCACGCAAUGAAGACUCUAAUCUCAUUCGGCCUUAUGAUGUGCGUGUGCGUGGCGUACGCCACAGCACUACCAACUGGACCGAGCGUAGAAACUCUACAAACUGCCGAAUCACACUGGGGUGGAUACGGACACGACCACGGCCACCAUGGUCACUACGACCACCAUGAUCACCACGGCCACUAUGAUCACUACAAAGGUCACCACGGUUACCACGGCGAUCACCACGGUGGACACCACGGCGGAUACAAUCACGGCUAUGGUGGCGGAAUCGGUGGCGGAUACGGAUUCGGUGGCGGAUACGGAUUCGGAGUCGGAUACGGUAGCGGCCACGGCUGGUGAAGUUAGAUAAUUGUUAUUUGGCAGCUAACAUCGGUAUUACAAUCUGUGAUGUCAUUCAUUACAAUUAACGUUUUGUAAAAAACAUACCUAUAUACUUUUGUUUCAUUCUC